AUGGCUGCUCUAUCACAGAAAGUGCAGUCGAGCAAUACAAUGGAACCUCCAGGGCCGCCGAGGCCAACGAUAGAUCAACUGCGCCACGUUGCAAAUCACUUCCCAAUCAUCGACAAUCACGCCCACAACUUGAUCCUUCCUACUCAUGCAGAGACUAUUCCGUUCGAGUCAAUCACCACCGAAGCACAAGGGCGUGCGCUUAGAGAUACUUUCAAAUCGCUCCCUCACCUACGCGCAGCAAAACAGCUACGGCGACUGUACGAAUGUGGAGAAGAUGCAGACUGGGAAGACAUCCUUGAGCAAAGAAUCGAGUGGCUACGAAGCAAUCCUCAACGUCUACAUCAGCAAUGCUUUGAAGGUGUACACGCUUUGUUGGUAGAUGAUGGCCUCGCCGACCCAAAGAAGGUCUACCCUUUUGACUCUCAUGAUGAGUACCUCCAGGCUCCCAGCAAGCGCAUUGUGCGAAUCGAGACGGUUGCCGAGCGGCUGAUGGAACGCAUCGUACGAGACGCUAAAGAGGACGACCUGAGUAAAACAAAGUUUCUCCCGGACCUGUGGGUGGAUUUCACGGACGACUUCGAGCGCGAAAUCCAAGAAGCCAUUCGAGAUCCCAAAGUUGCAGGGUUCAAGACUGUGAUCUGCUACAGGACUGGCCUAGACAUCGAACCAGACUACGAACAAGCUGCCAAAGCAGUGGGGCAUCCCUUUGAGCGCUACGUGAAGGCUUGCAUCCGGAAGCGCUCGUAUCGGAUCGAACGAAAACCGCUGAACGAUUACCUGGUGUUGCGGACUCUGGAGAUUCUAUCUGACGACUUACCCCAUUCUGAUUCACUGGCAAAACCACUGCAGCUCCAUACUGGACUUGGCGACAACGAUAUUAAAUUGUCAGAGUCGAACCCGGCUUUUCUUCAACAAGUUAUCGAGGCUUAUCCGAAUGUUCCGUUCGUGCUUCUUCACUCUGCGUAUCCGUACACUCGUGAAGCAGGCUAUCUUGCGACUGUCUAUCGUCAUGUGUAUCUUGAUAUAGGCGAAGUGUUUCCCAUGGUCAGCAGAGAUGGGCAAGAAGCGAUCCUACGCCAAGCGCUCGAGUUAAUUCCGGGCAGUAAGCUUCUCUAUUCUAGUGAUGGUCGCUGGUUUCCGGAGACGUUUUUUCUGGCAAAUAUACAGUUCCGCGAGGUGUGGCUCGAGUUGCUCAUCGAGUAUAUCGAGAAGGGCGAUAUCACCGUGUUCCAAGCAAUCGCUAUGACGAAAGACAUACUGUUCAAUAACUCCAAUGUACUAUAUGAUCUGCGCUACCAGGCCAUCUUUGACGAAACGAUACAAGAAGCACCGAAGCAACUGACCUACAACACGAAACCUUUGGCAGGAUCGUCGUUUCACUUACCCAGUAGUCCGCCUAUCCCUCCAGCAGGAACAACAAGCCAGCCUGUAACGACUGGUCCGAUUGAUCCUCGGUCUGGAUCACCUUACGAGCCACCUACCUUUCCUCCUCCUCCCACAGCUCCCAAAGUUUAUGACAACCAGGUCUUUGACGGCUUCAUCAAAGAGAAUCCCGAUGUUCGCUUCGUUUAUGUGCAAUGGAUCGACUACAUGGCAACAACCCAAACUCGUGUCGUCCCAAUCAAAGAGUUUACUCGCAUGAUACGUGAGGGUGACAGGAUCAUCGUAUCACAAGGCGACAUGAGCAAGCCACACAACGGCAAACACACAGGUUUCUUCAAUACAACAAGUCAAAUCUACAUUGAGCCCGAUCUCCGCUCUCUGCGUAGAACUCACAACAAAGACCCCUUGCCAUCCGCGACAGUCCUCUCCUACUGGCGUUCAGAAUCCGGCGACCCAUCACCUUCCUGUCCCCGCGCCAGUCUUGAGACCCUCAUCAAUGCAUUACAAUACACACACGCCACCACACUUCUCGUCGGCUUCGAAAUCGAAGUGACCUUCCUCUCUCGUAGUACCACCAACCCUCACUCCAAAGAUGUGCAACAGCCGACUUUCCUCCCACUGACCACACUACACGCAUCAGGCGCCGUGUCCCCCGAGCAAUGGCUGAAAUUUCCCUUCCUGAGCGAGAUACUCAUAGCGCUGGAUGCAAUGGGCAUAGAGAUCCAACAAUUCCAUACUGAAUCCGGCCCAGGCCAGUUCAAGUUCAUCUUGCCCCCACACCCCCCUCUUCUCGCCAUCGACACGCUUAUACAGGCACGACAAGUCAUUGCGCAGAUUGCGGCGCUACGUGGAUAUCGCGCAACGCUGCAUCCCAAGCCUUUUGACAAUAAAGGGACGGUGGCACACACGCAUAUCUCGCUGCAUCCGCCGGACCGCGACAUGGAGUUCUUCGUAGGUGGGGUGCUCGCCCAUUUACCAGCAAUCUGUGCAUUCAGCAUGACGGAUGCGAUUUCUUACGACCGCGAUGCUCGGUCGGGCGGGGCGUGGGUGGCGUGGGGAACACAGAAUCGCGAAGUCCCACUCCGCAGAGUCAAAGAUGGACGAUGGGAGAUCCGAUGCAUGGAUGGUCUUGCGAAUGUGUACUUUACACUCGCUGCAACUAUUGGGGCUGGCUUGUUGGGGUUGCAAUCUGGCGUGGUGGAAUAUAGGGAAAGGGAUUUGGAUGUCGGUCCAAGUAGGUUGGAUGACGAGGGAAGGGCGAGAUAUGGGAUUACGAGACGCAUGCCGAGGAGUGUUGAGGAGGCGAUGGAGGCGUUGAAGGUUGAUGGGGCGUUGAGAGAGAUACUGGAUGGCGAGUUGGUGGAUGGGUAUGCGGGGAUGAAGGAUGCGGAGCAGAGGAUGUUGGGGAAGAUGGAUGAGGAGGAGAGGAGGGAGUGGAUGAUUGAGCGGUAUUAA